AUGUCGGACAAGGCGCAGGAAAUCAUCCAGCAGUUCCAGCAGAUGAACCAGAACUUCCAGACGCUAGCGCAGAAGCUCAACGAGAUGGAGGCCGACCUCCAGGAGCACGGCCAGGUGCUCAAGGUGCUCGCACCGAUGGACAAGGAGCGCAAGUGCUGCCGCCUGGUGUCCGGGGUGUUGGUGGAGCGGACAGUGGGCGAGGUGAUGCCCGCGGUGCAGAAGAACCACGACAUGAUCCAGGGCGCGGUGGCCAAGUUCAAGGAGCAGCUCGACGCCAAGCGGAAGGAGAUCGCGGCGUUCCAGACGAAGCACAAGAUCCGCAUCAAGGGCCAGGACGACGGCCCGCAGCAGAAGGAGGGCGAGGGCAAGGGCGGGGGUGUGUUGGUCUGA